AUGAUUCGUAGUCAACCUGAAAAUUGUUGCUUACAGAUUAGAGUCUGGGCUGAGCUCGAAGGCGAGUUUGUCUCCCUUCCACACCCAGAUUCCGGAGAUGGUGGAGUUGUUGUCAGUUCCGAAAAGGAUCAUGGAUGCGAAAGCGUUCUUCUUAAGCUUCUCCAGUCUUUGGUACAUUCCGUUGAUAAGAUUACAGCUCAUGAAAGCAAGAGUGAGAUCUUCUGGGUACUUGUACUCGCACUUCCAGAUCGACCAGGUCUCGGCGUCGAAGUUCUCCCAGAAGUGUGGGAUGGCCUUGGUGGCGGUGUCUUCGUUGGAGACUUCCUUCACGGCUGGCUGGUUGAUAACAGUUCUGAACCAACGAGUGACGUUGACGAUAGACUUUCUGGCGCUAGCGUCGAGGACGUGUUGAAAAGCUGGGAGGAGAUCAAGAGCGACGGAAACAUCAGCAAGGGAAAGACGCUCUCCAACCAAAUAGGUCUUCUUGACGAGAACGCGGUCGAGAACUUGGAGUUGUCCAUUGAGUUCAUUCUUGUAGUGCUCAACAGUCUUCUUAUCGAAGUUAGCGGCCGAUACGGAUGGGAGGACGUAUCCGAGAACAGCUGGGAGAAGGUAUCCCUCGGCGAAUUGAAGCCAUUGAACGGUUUCGGCGUUGGCGGAAGCUCCGGUCAAGUGAAGUCCGAUGGACUCAGCUCCGAAGAGAAGAGCAUCUCCCUCGAAUGCUGGGGUCUGAAAUUCUGA